CAAAAAUAUGCAAAUACUCUUUUUGUCUAAUACCUUAAGCGGCCGAUCAUAAAAGCCAAUCAAAUUCCCUGACAUUUCCUGAGUGUCAAUCACUGGCGGUAUUCACUCGAUACAGAGCUGAGAAUACGUCUAUGUUAGCCCGUAAGGAAUAUUUCCUCGCCAAGUUCGAAAAACCACAAAUCUCGAAUGUACCAAGUGUAAUCACUCUGGCUGCUGAUGAUGAUGAUGAUGAUGUUGCUGUUGUUGAUUGGGACAGCGAUGAUGAAGAGCAGCUUUUUGCGCGGCUUUGGGCCCAACAACUCGUUCCGAUCGAUUCACUGACCAUGGUCAAGAAAGAAGGAGCUGCCAGGAGAGUUGGCAAGUUUGCCAGUGGGCAAUCAAAAAAUCAAGCCACUCAACAAUUUGGCGACACGAAAUCAAAGUCAUUGCAUCAGCCAACUGCGAUCGGAUGGGCUGGGAUGCGAUGUGCUUAGCUGGGUUGGGCCACGAAAUGGGUUGGAACCGAUCCUCCAGGAAGGCCAGCAAUGAAAUGCGCUUUAUAAUUGCACACGCACUUUUUGUACUUUCGUAAAAAAUUAGAAGC